AUGGAUAAAAACGGCAUCAUAUUGAUGAAAAAGUACGAAUUGGGUCGUCUUCUAGGUCAAGGCACAUUUGCGAAAGUGUACCACGCACGCAACCUAAAAACAGGAGAAAGCGUAGCGAUCAAGGUAAUCGACAAACAAAAAAUUUCGAAAGGCGGAUUAAUCGAUCAAAUCAAGAGAGAAAUCUCUGUGAUGCGUCUGGUACGUCACCCAAACGUUGUCUUCCUCCACGAAGUCAUGGCGAGCAAAACCAAGAUCUACUUCGUCAUGGAAUACGUUAAAGGUGGUGAGCUUUUCGAUAAAGUCUCUAAAGGAAAGCUUAAAGAAGAUAUUGCUCGAAAAUAUUUCCAGCAACUGAUCGGAGCAAUUGAUUAUUGCCAUAGUCGCGGAGUUUACCACCGCGAUCUCAAACCGGAAAAUCUGCUUCUAGACGAAAAUGGUGAUUUGAAAAUAUCUGAUUUCGGGCUUAGCGCGUUGAGAGAGUCAAGAAAACAAGAUGGCUUGCUUCACACGACAUGUGGUACACCUGCAUAUGUGGCGCCUGAAGUGAUCGGCCAGAAAGGUUACGAUGGAGCUAAAGCCGAUGUUUGGUCUUGUGGGGUUGUGUUGUAUGUGUUAUUGGCUGGAUUUCUUCCGUUUCACGAACAAAAUCUUGUUGAAAUGUAUCGGAAGAUCACAAAAGGCGAAUUCAGAUGUCCUAAUUGGUUUCCUCCGGAGGUCAAGAAGCUACUGUCUCGGAUUCUUGAUCCUAACCCUAAUUCAAGAAUCAAGAUUGACAAAAUAUUGGAGAAUUCUUGGUUUCAAAAAGGUUUCAAGAAGAUCGAAACGCCUAAAACUCCCGACAGUAAUCAGAUCGAAUCGCUAAUAAGUGACGUGCACGCAGCCUUUAGUUUUCAACCGAUGUGUUACAACGCGUUUGACCUCAUCUCUUCGCUGUCUCAAGGAUUCGAUCUCUCAGGUUUGUUUGAGAAAGAAGAGAGAUCAGAGUCGAUGUUUACAACAAAGAAGGAAGCAAAAGAGAUAGUAGCAAAAUUCGAGGAGAUAGCUGCGAGUAGUGAAAGAUUCAGUUUGACAAAGAACAAUGUAGGAGUGAAGAUGGAAGAUAGAACAGAAGGAAGAAAAAGACAACUUGCGAUUGAUGUGAAAAUAUUUGAAGUGACAAAGAGUUUUCAUAUGGUUGAGUUUAAGAAAAGUGGAGGUGAUACAAUGGAGUAUAGGAAAUUUUGUGAGCUUGAGCUUAAGCCUUCUUUGGAAGAUAUUGUUUGGAAAUGGCAAGGAAACAACGACAAUAGCUAG